UGGCGCUCUGCUUGGCUCCGCUGGGCGCUGCUGGGCCUUCGCUCCGGCUCCUCGGCUCCAGCAGCAGCGCUGCACGCUGCAGCCCCAACAUCAACAUCGGCACCCGCGAGCGGCAGCGGCAGUCCGCUUGUCGCCCAGAAGCUCGCCGCAGGCCGGCCGGGGGAGACGGCGGCUGUUUUGGGCUGUUUCUGCUGCAGCUGCUUCAGGCCCUGGGUUCCGGCGGCCGGCGGGCGUUGGCGAGUCGCCACAAUCCACAGCAUAACUAAAAUAAUCGUUUAGAAAAGCAGUGGUUCCUCGACCCCGGCCAUGUCGUGGCCGAGGUCCUGGUGGCGCACGUUGGCGCUCGCCGUGCUCAUCGUCGUGAUCGUCCCGGGAGCCACCACCUCGACGCUGCUCGGCCACACCCCUGGCCACGCCGUCGACCACGAGACCCUCAACGCCACCAUGCUGCACGUGCUGCGGGUGGUGAAGCAGUGCCUCGUCCCCUUCGAGCACAGCGCCGCCGCCUCCGACGUGCAACCGCACACCGUGCACAAGCCCUGGAAGCCGCCGUAUCCGGAGCCUCCGCCCAGCUCGGUGGAGCUGUGCGCGCAGCGCGGCUUCCAGUGCGAGCGCCACCUCGUGCACACGGCCGACGGCUACGUGCUGGCCCUCAUCCACGUGGUGGGCCGGCGGGGUGCGCCGCGGGCCGGCGGCCUGCCCCCCGUCCUGGUGCAGCACGGCAUGCUCAUGUCGUCGGACGCGUACCUGCUGCGCAAGGACGACGGCAACCUGCCGCUGUUCCUGAGCGACGCGGGCUACGACGUCUGGGUGGGCAACUACCGGGGGAACGCCGUGUCCCCGCACGUGCACGCCAAGAUGACGCCCGACAUGUUCGAGUUCUGGAACUUCAGCUGGCACGAGAUGGGCCUGCACGACCUGCCGGCGAUGAUCGACCACGUGCUGGAGCGGACGGGCGCCCCGGACCUGUUCUACAUCGGCCACUCCAUGGGCAGCACGGGCCUGAUGGUGCUGCUGUCCUCGCGGCCCGAGUACAACGGCAAGGUGCGGCUGGCGUCCUUCCUCGCGCCCGUCGCCUUCGUGUCCACGCUGCGCAGCCGGCUCUUCAGGCAGCUCUCGGCCGUGGCGCCCGCCAUCAAGGCGUUCCUGCUGGCGCACGGCAUCUGGAACGUGCUCCCCCGCAGCGCCGCGCUGCACCGCUUCGCCGACGUGCUGUGCCUGUUCCCGGGCGUCGGCGAGACGGUCUGCAACCCCGUCCUGUUCGAGAUCGGCGGCCGCUCCCCGGAGAACGUCUUUCCGUACUAUAUGCCGAUGAUCGCAGCGUACCUGCCGUCCGGGACGACCAUACGUAUCAUGGAACAUUACUACGAGGUGGCAAGGACGGGUAAAUUUCGCCCCCUCGGCUACGGCACGGGCGACCCGAACCCCGGACCAGAAUACAACAUCAGUGCCAUCACGGCGCCGGUCGCACUGUACUACUCGGAAAAUGAUUACUUCGUCCACCCGCCGGAUGUGGACCGGCUGGCUGCCGAGCUGCCCAACCUCUUCCACAAGUUUAAAGUACCUGACGCCAGUUUUAAUCAUUUCGACUUCCUGCUCGCACGCAACGCGAAGCACUUGCUGUACACCGAGGUCCUGGCGGUGAUGAGACUGAAAGAAGUGGAGGGUGAUGACAACCACCUGCGGCCCCUGAAAACCCCCGGCGGGCUGCUGGACUAUCUGCUCAGGAACACGUGAACGAGACACACACUUUGUGUGAUCCAUACGUACUCUUCAAACCGUUGAAUAUGAGACUUUGUUUUCUUUGAAGCCGUGCACUUCAAACAUCCGACUCUGCAACUAAGUGUGAUAACAAUCUGACUAAUCGUUUAAGAAUUAUUUUUUUAAAAGUAUGAAUUGUAAUUUAAUCUUCUUCGAUUGUUUUAGAAGUAGGUGCUGUACCUGAUUUUUUUCUUAUAAACCAUAUAUUUAAUUUUAGUCUACUAAUAAGAAACAAGUAUGUUUCUUGUUCCGUCUACCGGUAAAGACACAACAACAAAACUAUGUCAAUUUGUAUAAAAUCGACGUCACUCGCAAUAAGUGGAUUAAGUGAAAGCAAUAAAAAUCUAACUCGUAAAUUUUA